AUGCAGUCUGAUUCUCUGAAAGAUAUCGCUCCAACUCCAUCUCCACGUUGUCUCUCCCAUUCUUCUCUUCAUUUACCAACUAAAACCACAUCCGACAUCGUCACAUUCAAUGUUGGUGGAAAAAUCUAUUGUACAUCUCGUUCAACAAUUAAUCGUUAUCCACGCUCGAUGUUGGCAUCAAUGAUCGCUGACAAUAACAAUCUGCCAACAAAACGUGACGAAGACGGACGUUAUUUUAUUGAUCGUGAUGGUUCAAUAUUUCGUUAUGUCUUGAAUUAUUUGCGUGAUAAAACAUUGAAUUUACCUGAUAACUUUAACGAAUUGAAACAACUAAAACACGAAGCUGAUUUUUAUCAAAUUGAAUCAUUAACUACAGAGAUUGAAAAUCGUAUAAACACAAUGAAUGAACGACAAAAACAAAUUUUAGAUGGGCUUUAUUUUACGCUGAUAUCGAAAUUAAAUCAAGGAAAAAUUUUGACAAUUAUCGGACCCGUUAAAGUUCUACGACUAUUUCGUUUAGAAUCAGUAGCAAGAAAAUUUGUUAAAACUCUCGAACCAUCAAUAUCGUGUCAAUGCAAUUUUCCAAAUGAAGAUAAAGUAAUAUCGUGUCAACCAUGGAAUGAAUUUCAACGACAAUUAUUAGCAAAACAAGCACGAAAAUUUGGUUUGCCAACCGGUUAUUGGGACGACUAUUUUUAUUUACCAUUUGAAAAAAUACUCAAUCACGAUGAAUUUGUGGCAAUAUUGAAUAAAUACGAAGCAAAAUUGUUACAUACAAAUAUUACAUACGAACGAAAAAACUAUGAUGAUAUAACUUAUACGCUGGUAGAAAAUUGGUUUGUACCGAAUAUAGCCAUAACACAGUAUGAACAAUAUUUCACUAAUGCAUUUAAUACCAGCAGUACGAGUAAUACUAGCAGUACAACAGCAGGUGCUGGCUACUAUUCGAGUGCAAGUAUGAAUGGUGUAUUGUAG